AUGGCUCCUCCUCACAUCCGCAAAUACCAGGAGCGUGACCGAAAACCAGUCGUGGACUUGUUCUACAAGGGCAUGGUGGAGCACAUCCCAACCAACUUCCGCCACCUACUGAGGCUGCCCCAAACACUCGUGUUCCUAAUUGGGGUGCCACUCUGCAUUCUCCUGGUCUCUGGUUCCUGGCUGCUGGCUUGUGUGUCAAGCUUCACUCUCCUUGUUUUCCUAUGGCUCUUUGUUGGGUACUGCUGGAAGCAGUAUGUGGUCACGUGUCUGCGCACUGACAUGGCUGACAUCACCAAGACCUACUUGAGUGCCUGUGACUCUUGCUUCUGGGUUGCCGAGUCUGGGGGGCAGGUGGUGGGCAUUGUGUGCACUCUGCCAGUGGAGAAUCCGCCACCAGGGAAGAAGCAGUUGGAGCUGUUUCAUCUUUCAGUGAGCAUGGAGCACCGAGGAGAGGGGAUAGCAAAAGCCCUGGUCAGGACUGUCCUCCAGUUUGCCAGAGACCAGGGCUAUGGUGAAGUUGUGCUUCAUACCAGCCUAGUGCAGCAGAGUGCCCUCAAGCUUUACCUACACAUGGGCUUCCAGGAGACGGGUCAGUUUUUCCUCAAUACUAUUGCAAGACUUUUGGCUGUGCCUACAUUGCAUUUAACAUACCACCUCCCAACAGCUGGGCAUGGUGGUACACAUCUGUAAUCUCUGUACUAGGCAGAGGGAGGAUUGCCACAAGUUCAAGGUUAGUCUUGAAGACCAACCUGGAAGUUUCAACAUCAGGCUGGAUGGUCAGUUAGGAUUUCAUGGAAGCAAAUCCUGCAUUUAGGCAGAUAAACAGAAUCUCCAUGGUGAUGUUAACAUCUUAGUCUAACCUAUUUGAAAGUGGAAUGGAUUGCUCUGCUGAAUUGUGUAUUUCUGGGUUGUCUGUGUUUCCUUUGUGUCACAGCACACUAACAUUGCAUUAAAAAAAUCUGUGAACAGCUCA